AUGGAGAGGAACACUACACUCACAUCUUCUACAAUGCCUAAUCGAAACAUACACAUCGGCCUCUGCGGCGCCGGACUCGGUGGACUCGCAGCAGCAAUCGCCCUGCGUCGAGCAGGAGCUGAAGUCACCGUUCUCGAAGCAGCUGCUGAACUUGGAGAAAUUGGCGCUGGUAUCCAAAUGACACCCAACGUCUCCCGCCUCCUCAUCAAAUGGGGCGUCGCAGACGUGAUCGGCUCCAACCUCGUCGAGUUCGAGGAGCUCAAUCUGCGGCGUCGAGAUGGGACGAAAGUAGGCUAUACACGCAUGAUUCCCAACGUGCAGAGAGAUCUGGGAUACCCCUGGUGGGUCAUCCACCGCGCCCACCUACACUCCGGCCUCGUACAAGUCGCUCUCAAACACGGCGCAAUAAUCCACACAAACUCCCGCGUCACCAGCAUUGACUACACGUCCAACUCCAGUUCCAGCGUAAUAGUGCACACCGCCUCCCCCAUAACCCCAACUCACACCUUCGACCUCCUCAUCGGCUCCGACGGCGUCAACUCCAUCGUCCGCCGGACCCUCUUCCCAGAAGUAAAACCCACCCCUCCAACAACAAACUGCGCCUACCGCGCCAUAGUACCCUACUCUCGUAUCCGCGAAGACCCCCUCGCAAGCGAACUAAUCAACAAACUAACAAUGGAAGUCUGGAUGAGCGACAACUCCUACAUAAUCACCUACCCCAUCUCCAGCGGUCAAGAUCUCAACCUCGUGCUCUCGCACCACGUCGAUAGACUAGUAGAUAAAGUAGAGGAAGUCGACGUAGCGGAAGUGAGGAGGCAGUAUGCAGAGUACGAUCCUAGGAUCAAGAGGAUCGUGGAUAUGAUUCCCGAGGCGUCGAGAUGGCCGUUGCUUGUUACUGGGCCGUUGGAGAGUUGGAGUUCGCCGGGGAAGAAUGUAGUGCUGAUGGGGGAUGCGGCGCAUUCAAUGGUGAAUCAUAUGGCGCAGGGGGCGGCGACGAGUAUGGAGGAUGGUGCGUUCUUGGGGAGGUGUGUUGGCCAGGUUGUACAGGGGAGGAUCAGCCUUGGGCAGGCGAUCGAGGUGUAUGAGAAGGCGAGGAUGCCGAAGGCGCAUUUCAAGCAGCAGGUUUCGUUUCUGAAUGGAGUCAUUUGGCAGCUGCCUGAUGGACCUGCGCAGGAAGCGAGGGAUAAGGCGAUGACUUUGGAAUUGGGUGGUAAGCCUGUGCUGAGAAGUCCGAACUUGUAUGGUAACCCGACGACUUCGUUAGGUGUCUAUGCGUAUGAUGCAGAGGAGCAUGCAGAUGCGGAGCUGUACAAGUAUCUCAAAGGCAAGGAGAUGAUGGAUGAGGAGAAAAACAUUACCAAGAGCAUGGCGGAUGAAUACCUGAACUGGUUCUUACCCGAGGAAUAUGAGGGUAAGCAACUAAGAAUUGAGGCGAAGCUCUGA